CACCGCCUCAACGCCUCUGUGUUUAUCAUGUUGAAGAAGCAGCAGCUGCUAACUAGCCAGCACUGAGAGCCUCGUCUUCAAACAUGCUCUGAAUUCAUAGCUGGCAGGUUUGCUGAACAGAGAUGGCAGUGUGUGCACUGACCAUGUUGGAUGGGAUGGAGGGUGAGGUGACCGCCGCAGGGGGAGUGUUGCUCCUGGUCCUGGCCCUUGUAUUCGCUUGGCUCUCGACACAUGUGGCCGACCGGGGAGAUCACAUACUGGGCACCAUCCUCACCGUGGGCGCCCAUGCCUCUCUGAUCAGACUGGGAGGCCCCGACAGCUACAGUGGGGGGUCCCCCAGCGCUGACACCUCGGAACAGCAGACUCCUUCCCCCUCGCAGGAAAACAAGCCCGACGACAGUGAACAAGGGACGGAGAGAGGAGAGGGUGAGGGAACAGGGGAGGGAGCCGACGGGGUCAGGACAGAUCUGCUGCUGGACAUACAGAGCAAACAACCACAGGCCGGAAGGCUGCAGGCUUCAGAUGAGGAGGAUGAUGAAGUGGAGGAUGAGGAGGAGGACGAGGAGCUGGAGGAGGAGGAUAAAAAGAUAUUGAUGCAUUUCCCAGUGUUGUCCAGCACCAUCACCCCCACCACUACUGCUACUACACCACUCAUCUCUGUUCGCCUUAAGUUUUUAAAUGAUACGGAGGAGGUAGCUGUUGUAGAACCACAGGAUACAGUGGGCGUACUGAAAAGUAAAUACUUCUCAGGUCGGGAGCAUCAAAUUAAACUCAUCUACCAAGGCCAAUUACUGCAGGAUCCCAAGAGGACUCUGUUAUCCCUAAACAUCGCACACAACAGCGUAAUCCACUGCCACAUCUCCCAGACCCUGCACGAGCCCUCUCCAGAGGAAGGGGCUCAGUCCGGGGUCGGGUCCGGGGUAUCUGGAGGAUUCAGGGCUGCCGGAGUGGCCAUCAGCACCGGCAGCCUGGUGGUGCCUGUGUUUGUGGUGAUUCUGGCUGUGGUAUGGUACUUCCGCAUCAACUACAGGCAGUUCUUCACUGCCCCAGCGACCAUCUCCCUCGUGGGAGUCACUGUGUUCUUCAGCUUUCUGAUAUUUGGGAUGCACAGCCGCUGAAAAAAAAUGCAGAGAAGAGGGCACACGCUUAUAGCUGAAUGUUGAGAGGUUGCGUAAAAAUAACUACAGCAGUGGGUUAUGUUUGGAGGGACGGACAUAUUGGACAUUUUAAAAGAGAUGCUUAGUGCAUAGCCACAGCUGAUUGGAUCCUGCACUGUGUGUGGUGAGUGUGUGGGUGGCUAGGUGAGCCUGUUUGUGCAUGCACCAAGAUAAAAACAAAACAGAUGAUUUUACAAUAUGUGGGGUAAAUAAUAACCAGCUAUAACUAAACCAUAGCUUAGCAACUCUACAAAAAAAAACAACAUUGUCGUCAGCCCCAUGCUUUAAAAAAUGUCUCUCUGUCUGCUUUUAUUGUUGCUUAAAGAUCAUGACUCUUUCCUGUUCGUCAUUGGUCUCAAAGGCCUCUGUUUCUGUGUUUUAAAAAAAAGAUAUAAUUAACAGGUAAUUGCAAGAAUCUAAUACUGUUUGGAACCACUCACUGUUCUGCGUUCCAGUUUUUCUCUUUUAUCGUUACUUUGUGUUCUUUCAAUGAUUCAAGCUCUAUGUUAGCUAACGUGGACUGUACAGCUGCAUCAGUGCUAGGCCGUAAAAUUCAGAUACUUUCGUUGCUGAAAAAAUAUUGCUUUGUAGAGAUAGGCUAAUUUCAAUAAUCACUAGUCAAUAAAAUAGAGACCUUUGGAGAAGAUAUUGUAAAUAUAUUGUGUAUUUUCUGUAAAUAAAAUGAUAGAAUGAAUCAGAUGAACCUGCAUCUGGCACUUAAAGAUUUGGAGUGGGGUAUGGACCCUCUCCUGAUUCUGCUGGACUGCUCUGGCUUCAGUGAUGUCUCAAAUUAAAGCAUUUUAAACCAAA